AUGAAGGCGUCUUCUCGCUCGCUCUCGCACGCCAGCGGGAUGGCCCGUUCGGCUGCUCCGCUUCGACAGGUCUCUGCACCGCUGCUGAGCUCGAAUCGUAGAGCGUCCAACACUCCAUCGCAGCAGCAGCAGCAGCACUUGAUGGGUCAGCAUCGCACCCUUUUUGGUUUCUCUCUUUUCGGCAAAAAGGACAAGAAGAACGACCCUUUUGCACUGCCACCUCGUGCCGCCAAGAAGCCGUUGCUGGCGCAGGACGACCUCUUCCACCCUUUCUCGAAAUCACCCAUCCCUUCGAUCCGAGCGCGUGGCGAACGUAUUCGAUCGUUGGCACCAUGUCCCGUCAGCAUGUCCAAGUACAAGGUGCGCCGUCUGGUCAACUUUGAAUGUCCCGACUGCGGCUGGCCAACGCACUACAGCGAAAAGGAGUGGGCCGAGGACGCGGAUCAUGGCAAGUAUGUUGCCCGUCUGCGAGAAGCCAACGAGGACGAGCACGAUCUUCGCAGCGGCCGGGAGAUGUCCGAGUUCAAACUGCCAGGUCCGCAGGGCUUUGAAGAGACGAUCAACAUGUCCAACUGGGACGUCUUCUUCUACACGCGCAACUUCAACUCGAUAGAAUCCGAUCGCAGCCGAAGACACGUCAGCAAGCUUCUCACAUUCCCCACAACUAUGGGAGCCGUCAUUCACGAGAACAGCCCGUACACCAAAAAGUCGCGCAGGCUCACCCACGAAGGACUGCGCAGCAUGAUCGCAUUACGACAGACGCUCCAUCCCAAGGCAGGCGACAAGCCUUCGCUCGAUAAGAUGCGCAUCUUUGUUGUCGGUGCUAGAGCUGAAUCGACGCUGCCACCUGCCGUGUGGGAUCAGCUGACGUAUAUGUUCCCCGGCGUGCCCUUCCAUCUGUUCCUCAUCGGCCCCGAAGCGCACAUCCCAUCGGACAAGCAGAUCCAGAUGAAGGAACGUGCCGGUCCCGGCUCGGGCAGCAUCUCGAUGCACAAGGGCCGCGUACGCAAGUCCAACUUCGGCGUCCCCUCGCGCACCGUCGUCGUUUCCGAGGGGCUCACCAUCACUACCAUCCAGUCCAAAUACGAGGACGUCCAUGCACAGCUCGAGCCGUUUGACGCCUACACGGAUGUAUUCUUUGCGUUCAGUCCCGGGUUCGGGUUCCCUUCGCAGGUCGCUGUUGAGGAGGCCGACAAGGCGAGGCAGGAGGACCGCGAUCACGAAGCUCACUUUGCGCGUGCAAAGAGCACCUACCAUGCGGCUGGUGCCGAGAGCGCAGAAUCCACCGAGGCUUCGGCUCAGAAGGCUGCUGACGAGGCGGUGGAGUUGGCCAAGGCGCAGAUCGCCGAGCAGCAGCAACACAUUGAUGCCUCUUCCGUUCCCGCUCCUAGCACUGCUGCAUCGAGCAAACCGGCAUACACUGUCGACGCCACCUCGUCACCCGAAGGCGGAGAUAUCCCGUCCGAGGAGCCUGCUCCCGUGCUGACCUCACCGGAUGGACACACCUUCACCGCGCUCACCGCUGCGCCCGUUGUCCAGGCGCAACGCGAAUGGGCACGUGCAAUCGGCCAGAUUCUCUCGACACGAUGCGCGCUCGUUGCUACUGGCUUCUCGCCAGCUGAUGUCGAGCGCGACGUGUUGGCGUUCGAGAGCGUCGAUGGCGUGCGUGGCGAGUUCGACUGGCUCAUCACUCCCGGCGAGAACGUCUUUGCUUCUCAACAGUGGGCUGUGGCUGAUUUCGACCCGAGGGUCGCGGUCAAGGCGAACUGGGGGCUCUGGGCGGUUAGAGGAAAGAGGUACGAUAUCCAGGGACCUACGGGAUACUGA